AUGAAGCGGCUGGACCUCUCACGUAUCAGCGCGUUUGCGCGGCCAGAAGAGCACCUGACCAAGCAGACACUCCAUGGCGCCAUCGUGACGCUGCUGGGCUGCACCCUGGCCUUGACUCUUUUCUGCCACGAACUCUCCUGGUUCCUGGGCGCCAAGGGGGUGGCGAAGAUGGAGGUUGACCUGCGGCGGCGUCACGACCUCAGCAUCUUCGUGGACAUCAGCUUCCACGCCAUACCCUGCGCAGCCCUCAGUGUCGACAUCAUGGACGCCAGCGGCACCGCGGACAGCGACGUCAACUUUGCGGCCGGCGCUCACCUCCACAAGUUCCGCCUCGACGCCAGCGGCCGCCGCAUCUCGAAGGCCGCCGAGUACGUCCAGCCCCAGACGCAGCGCGUGCUGCGGGAGGGGUCCUCCACGGUGAUGAGCGUCGACAUGGAGGCAGCCAUGCGGCACAUUGGCGACAUGGAGCAGGAGAUGGGCGCGCACGAGGGCUGCCGGCUGCGCGGCGACGUGACCGUGCGGCGCGUGUCGGGGCGGCUGCACUUCGCGGUGCACCAGCAGAGCCUGGCAGACAUGCUGCCGCAGAUGCUGAGCGGGCAUGUGCUGCCGAGGGUGCGGAACAUCAGUCACGCGGUGCACAGGCUGACGUUUGGGCCAAGCUUCCCCGGGCAGGUCAGCCCCCUGGACGGCACGACGCGCAUCGAAGCGGCGAAUGGCGGGGGCCAUGCCUACAAGUACUACAUAAAGAUCGUCCCCACCGAGUACACCACGCGCUUCGGCAUGCUCCUGGAGACGAGCCAGUACAGCGUCACGGAGUACGCCAUGCCCCUGCCCCAUCGUCAUGCACAUUCAUGA